GGAGGAGGAGGUGGCGACGAGAAGAUGGCGACUUCGAACAAUCCGCGGAAAUUUAGCGAGAAGAUCGCGCUGCACAACCAGAAGCAGGCAGAGGAGACGGCGGCCUUCGAGGAGGUCAUGAAGGACCUGAGCCUGACGCGGGCCGCGCGGCUCCAGCUCCAGAAGUCACAGUACCUGCAGCUGGGCCCAAGUCGCGGCCAGUACUAUGGCGGGUCCCUGCCGAAUGUGAACCAGAUUGGGAGCGGCACUGUGGAUCUGCCCUUCCAGCCCAGCGGAUUUCUAGGAGAUGCCCUGGCAGCAGCUCCUGUCUCUCUGACACCCUUCCAGUCCUCAGGCCUGGACACCAGCCGGACUACCCGGCACCAUGGGCUGGUAGACAGAGUGUACCGGGAGCGCGGCCGGCUCGGCUCCCCACACCGCCGGCCCCUGUCGGUGGACAAACAUGGACGGCAGGCGGACAGCUGCCCUUAUGGUACUGUGUACCUCUCACCACCCUCGGAUACCAGCUGGAGAAGGACCAAUUCUGACUCUGCCCUGCACCAGAGCACAAUGACACCCACCCAGCCAGAGCCCUUUACAGGCGGGUCCCAGGACGCACACCAGAAAAGAGUCUUACUACUAGCUGUCCCGGGAAUGGAGGAGACCACGUCGGAAACGGACAAGAACCUUUCCAAGCAAGCAUGGGACACCAAGAAGACAGGGUCCAGGCCCAAGUCCUGCGAGGUCCCUGGAAUCAACAUCUUUCCAUCUGCUGAUCAGGAAAACACUACAGCCCUGAUCCCUGCUGCCCACAACACUGGGGGUUCCCUGCCUGACCUGACCAACAUCCACUUCCCUUCCCCGCUCCCAACCCCGCUGGACCCUGAGGAGCCCACCUUCCCUGCGCUCAGCAGUUCCAGCAGCACCGGCAACCUCACUGCCAACCUGACGCACCUGGGCAUCGGUGGCACUGGCCAGGGGAUGAGUACUCCAGGCUCCUCACCGCAGCACCGUCCGGCUGGCAUCAGCCCACUGUCCCUGAGCUCGGAGGCACGGCGGCAGCAGGCCCAGCAAGUGUCGCCCACCCUCUCCCCGCUGUCACCCAUCACUCAGGCUGUGGCCAUGGACGCCCUGUCUCUGGAGCAGCAGCUGCCCUACGCCUUUUUCACCCAGGCGGGCUCCCAGCAGUCGACUCCACCACAGCCCCAGCCCCCGCCGCCCCCACCACCUGCAUCUCAGCAGCAGCCACCCCCGCCACCUCCGCAGGUGCCCGUUGGCCUCCCCCCGGGCAGCCCCCUGAUGCCGAGUGCCAGCCUGACACGGGGGCCCCAGCUGCCUCCACUCACGGUCACGGUACCAUCCUCUCUCCCCCAGUCCCCCCCAGACAACCCAGGCCAGCCGCCAAUGGGGAUCGACAUUGCCUCGGCCCCGGCUCUGCAGCAGUACCGCACUAGUGCCGGCACCCCAGCCAACCAGUCUCCCACUUCACCUGUCUCCAAUCAAGGCUUCUCCCCUGGGAGCUCCCCACAACACUCUUCCAACCUGGGCAGCGUGUUUGGGGACUCGUACUAUGAGCAGCAGAUGGCAGCCAGGCAGGCCAAUGCUCUGUCCCACCAGCUGGAGCAGUUCAACAUGAUGGAGACCGCCAUCAGCUCCAGCAGUCUGUACAGCCCAGGCUCUACACUCAACUACUCGCAGGCGGCCAUGAUGGGCCUGACAGGCAGCCACGGGAGCCUGCCAGACACACAGCAGCUGGGCUAUCCCAGCCACAGCAGCAUCCCCAACAUCAUCCUCACAGUGACAGGAGAGUCCCCUCCCAGCCUCUCUAAAGAACUGACCAGCACGCUGGCCGGGGUUGGCGAUGUCAGCUUCGACUCUGACAGCCAAUUCCCCCUGGAUGAACUCAAGAUUGACCCCCUGACCCUGGACGGACUGCACAUGCUCAACGACCCUGACAUGGUCCUGGCCGACCCAGCCACCGAGGACACCUUCCGGAUGGACCGUCUGUGAGUGCAGUCCCAGCACUCCGUCGCCCAGCCCCGGCUCCGUCACCCCGCCGGUCAGUGGUCCCAACGGAGUCUCCCUGAGCCCAGGGACUGCACACACUGUCCCUGCAAACGGCCGAGCUUGUGAUUCUGAGCUUGCAAUGCCGCCAAGCACCCCCGCCCCCCCUCGGCUGCCCAUCUCCUGUGGGAGGCUGUGAAUUGCCUCCUUGGACUUCCCCCUGCGCGCACUCUUUUCUCCUCCCACCCCAGGCCAUGAGCCAUCAGCUCCUGUAAGAUGCAGAAAGUGUGUUGGGCAGGGCCACAGGCCUGGGGGCACCAGGGUCUGGUCCGCACUGUGGUGGGCGGAUGUGCAUUUCCGACUGUUGUCCAGCUCUCACUGCCUUCCUUUGUCCCGGGUCCCCCCACACACACCUGCCAUCCCCAGGUCAUGGUUAGGGAGAGAGUCAGCCCCACCCAACCUGCCAAAGGGAGAGGGCUCCAGAGAGAGGGGUAGACCCAGCGCAAAAUAAACACUAUUUUGAUUGCUGUCUUUUAUAUUUCUGAACGUACAGAAGGCUAGAGCCCUUCCCAUGGGGGGUGGAUACAAAGGUGUAAACUGAGCAGCUAGAUCUUCCCAGCCCCCUCCUGCCUCACCUACCCCCACGCCAGGUCCCCCUGGGGCUGCCUCUGCCAGGAAGCCCCUGGCCAGGGUGACAGCCUACCAGGAAGCACAUGUGGAGUUGGGUCAUUUCGGCAGGGGGCGGGGGCAGGGGAUUUAGGACUUGUUUUCAUCUUUCCUUCUCUAUACAGUAGUCACUGUUCCUGUUAUGUACAGAUGGGUGGGAAGGGGGUGGCCAGGGCAUUUUUGUUGCAUUUUUUGUUGUUUCUUUUGGUGUGUUAUUUCUGUUUUGGCUGUAGACAAGUAGCUGACUCCUUCAAACCAACACUUGCCUGAAAGCAUCUUUUUAUUCCAGAAAUCCUACGUUAUACGUUUUUUUAGAGCUGAUUAGAAGCAGUGUCCUAUCUGAGCUGCGACCCUGGCCUCAGUAGUUUCACGUCAAGUUACUUCAAAACAGAAGGGCUGAGUGGCCGCGCGGCCCAAUGAGGGCAAGUUGUGCCAGGCAGGGGACUCUGGCAGAAGCUGGGGUGGCUGGAAAUGCCUCCCCUUCCGGCCACGGAACAGACUCCUGGAAAGGAGCCACUGCUUUUAGUAAGGAUCUCAAGAAGAUCUGGCCCCGCCCGACCCUCCUGAAGGUGCCUGCCAGUACUUGGGGACGGCGCGUGCCAGACCCGGAGGCUGGCAGCAGCUGCGGCCCCUCUGCUCCCAGGCACCCCAGACGAGGUGGUCUCUCGCCCCACCCUGAGAACAGUGAUAUUCAUCCCCUCCGGCCCCCUCUUUUGUAACUCUUCCUGGUAGGGCUGGUUUGGAGGCAAAGAACAGUGUACUUUUAGGGGUCGGUUUCUGGGUGCUUGCUUCUCAAAGCACCUCGGGAGGCAGAGGUGACCCUCCCUCUGCCCUCCAGGCCCUUUGACGGCGUGGCGGGCUGGCUGGCUUUUCUGUCUGCUGCUUUAGCAGGAGCCUCCGUUUCAGUCCCCAGGUUGCAUCUUGACUUGCUCCUCCACCUGCAGUUGGGCUGACACUUCUGCUGGGUGUGUUUCUCUGUGGUGUUGCGGCCACCCUCCUGCCUGGGCCAAGCGAGCCCUCCCCUCUGUGUACGGGAACUGGAUCUGACUCUAGCGAUUGUCCUUUCCUCCCGCUCCUUGGCCAGGCAGUUAGCACGCAUCCAAGCAGCUGGGCGGCCACAUGCGUGGGAAGUCCCCCCUCUUUGAUCACUUGGCCCUGCCACUAUUGUCUGGGCUGAGGGAGCAUCUCGUCAGUCCGUCCAGGUCCAGGGCCUGUCCUCUUGCCAUGGUGGGGACUGGGGACAGAGAUGGGGACUUUUUUUUUAAGAACAUCUACAUGUACAUAAAAGAGUUUGGUUACCAUUAGACUUGUAUGUAGAACUUUUUAAAAAUGGCCUUAACAAAAUACAAGCAACCUUCCUGGAUGCAAAUUUUCAAACAAGGCAUGGGGGACCCAGUGAGGGAGCCUUGUCAGCCCACGCUUCCCAUCUGUUCAGUGCCAGAUCUGGGUGCAGAUGGACAGGAGAGACCUGUGGCCUGGAGCACCAAUGACAUCAUGUCAACACGGGGCCUCUGCCCGGGAGAGGUGUAGGUGCGGAGCUGUCCUUGGCAGAGGGAAGGGGGCACCGGGAGCUAGCGGCCAGGCAUCCCCAUGUCUUCCUGGGCCUUGGGAGGCCUCUUGGGGUCUGUAACAGGGAAUUUUGUUUUUUAUUAAAUAUUACUUCUCUACUAAAUAUUCUUGAGUUGCCAAGACUUUCCGAGUCAAGACAGUGUAAGGGAAUCAGUCCUUUGACUUGUGAUGUGAAAAAUACUGUGAUUUCAGGCAAGCUGCGCCGUGAGGGGCCGGCCUGGGCCUGUAUCCUGUAUAUAGACCUGCACCCGCGUCCUGCUCACGAGCUCAGGGCAAGCCUGGACACUGGGUCCGCACGGAUUCAGAGGUCAGCCAGGCUGUCCCCCACCACACCCACACUGAGUGCCCCCAGCUUUGGCUGAGCCACGUCAGCUGUGCAGACCUUUCCCCCGGGAGCUUGAGAUGCCCGGCCUGUCCCCAUCUGCCUCAGUUUACCCUCUGCCCUUCAAAUCGAGGGCGGUAAGUGUGCUCCCCCACAUGGCUUGUGGUCUGAGGACGGAGCCCAGGGUCAGCGCCUUUCUGUGUCCUCCAGAGAAGAGGGUUGUGCCCAGGGCUGACUGGAGGAGAAGGCGGGAUCUCGCUGGGAUCACAUCCCCCAUCACAGGUGCCCGUGCUGACCUGCCCCUCCAUGCCCUUACAGGGGGAAGACAGGCAGCGCUGUUUGGAGUGUCCUGCAGCCCCCUUCCCUUGACACUUCUGGGCAGGAAGGGUGAGUGCCAGCCUCUUGGGGCAGGAGGACCUGAGACCCUCAGUGGAAAGCUCAGGGGGUAGGUCAGCCCAUCAGCAAAAUUUGGGAACCCACAGCCAACAACAUCCAAAAACGGGCGAGGCUCCGCUGCAGACACAAGUCACAGCAGAAGCAGCCCUGACGGGUGGGUCCAGCUCCAGCACUGUGGUUCCCAGGGCUCCCGGGGACCGGCCUGUGAGGGCAGGGAUGUGUGCUUCUGACCCUUUCCCCAGCGAUGCCUCUCUGUGCUAUUAUCUGCUCAUGGGUUUUCAUGAGCGGAAGGAGGGUUCUGAGUGGUUAGUGUGUUGAUUUGAUUUUCAUCUGGAAGGAUAUCCCAGUGGGGUGGUCCGUUGUGAGACCCAUGCGUCACAGUGGGGCGGGUAAGAUCACUUCCGUCAAAUGAGAUGCUGCAUGCAGGGCAGGGGGCCCCACGUCCAUUCAUGCGUCCUGCCAGAGGCAGAUGUCCGGUAUGGGGAUCCCCCGACCCUGUCUGUUGAUGUCCUGGGUCUGAUGAGUGCCCCUGAGUGACUUCUGCUGAGGGGCCUCAGGGACCCUGAGCUGGUUCAUAACCAAACAUCCUUCCAAAGCCCCUCCACCGAGCUCAGCUUUCUGCAUCUCCACAGGAGGCCCUCCACCCCUGUGUGGACUGUGUGUGAGCUCUGGAGCCGCUGGGCGCUGACAGAGCAGCCCCUGGGUUCUAAUGAACCACAGUGUAGGACGAAGGUACGGGGGCCACAAGACCCAGGGUCCUGGGCACCCUGGGCCUGGCCCAUCGCUCCUGCACGUGGCGUUCGGGUGGGGGGGGUUUCUGGCGACCAGAGCCCUCCCCACGUGGCCUGCAGAGCUGGGGGAGGACUCGGUGCCUUGCCUACCCUGGGAGGCUUGCCUGGAGUAAGUCGGCAGCUGGGCCUGUUUCUAUGCCCAUUCUCCGUGGACCCCGGGCCUCCACCUGCUAGGGUCUCGCAGCAGAGAUGUGACUAGGGGCCCCUGAGACAGUCCUGCAGGGGUGCUGGCUGAGUCGGGCUCAGGCCCCUCGUUCCCUCCUCAUGUCGCAGGCAACUGGCCACUCCCAAGAAGAGGGAGGUAGGGUGACCUGCACCCCCGGGGCUGGACACUGGGUUACUCCAGAGGGCAUGGAGAGCAGAAACAAAACCCUUGUGACAAGGGUCUAGAUUUCUCUCCUGUCACUGGCUCAGACCCACGGAUCUCAAGGCCCCUCCCAGUCAGAGCGAGGGACGGGUUGGACUUAGGUUGAUGCUGGCGGCAGAUUGGUCCCUCUGCCUUCCACACCCCCAGCCAGUCCACAACAGCCCAUCCCAAGGAGCCAGGGACACGUGGCAUGUGCGGGGGGAGGGGGAGUGUUGCCUCCAUCUCGCAGGGUUCUGGAAUUUGGGGCAAAUGAUGCCCAGCCCAUCCUAGCCUGUCACUUCUGACCUCUUGCCCACUGGGACAAGGGGACACUGCCAUAGCCUCCCCCACAACGCCCCGGGAGGGUGGGCUGUGGCAGCCGAGGCCCAUUGCCCCUCACCUGCCCCCCCAGGAAACUGCCCCCAAGGGGCUGGGUGGCACUUCUAAUAUAUGCAAACCCAUCAGUCUGAGCCCUCCCCCACCUGUGUCCCUCUGUCGCCAGGCUGGCUCUGCCCCCCCAGCAUGUACACUCUGCCGUGGAUGUCCCAUGGGCCGUGCGUGUGGGUGCCCGUGGCGGGCUGGGGCGGGCGGCUCAGGGUGCACUCAGCCGGCCCCUGCCUGUCCUCUGGCGUGGACGCUUUUGUCUUUGUACCUUUGCAUCCUUUGUAAUGAAACCUAAUAAA